GAAAUUGUGUACACUGUUUGUGUGUGUUGUGUGUUCAAACUAAACUAAAUGUAUAUUCGGUAUUUUCAAAAUUGAAUUUUAUUUCGUCUGAUUUUGCUGAAAACAAAAGAAAAUAUACGUGAUUAACGAUGGGUGGUUGUCGAUGCACAUUUCGUGAUUGUUCAAAUAAUACAAUCAAUUCACCUGGAAAGCAUUUUUUUCAUUUUCCAUUUAAAGAUAACGUCCGAUGCAAAAAAUGGGCCUUAAAUUCGGAAAAAGUAUUAUUCUUGCGAUUACCAUGGACACAAUUAAGAAACAAAACUGUUUGCGAAGAUCAUUUUAUUGAUUCGUGUUUUAUGAAUUUCAAAAAAGAACGUUUGGUGAAAACAGCCGUUCCGACAUUGUAUCAAGAAGAUAAUGGAAAUAUUAUUGAAAUUAAAAUGGACAAUGAUCGAUUUGCUUCAUUGGAAUACAGUUUUAAUGAAAAGGGCGUCGAUCAAAAGACAAUUGAUUUACCAGAUUCGUGGCAAACCAUUCAUUUCAAUUUGUCGGUUAAUGAAGCUGCAAAUGCCGAUGAUGAUUACAAUACAACUGUUGUAAGUGAUUCAAGCGUUAGCGAAACAUUGGAUCUAAAACCAACAACAAUCCACGCCAACGUAUUGAACGACACAAAACCAAUUGUAUUGAAUCGAGUUUGUAUGAAAGGUAGCUUACCCGCAAAACAUUUUUCAGUUCGAAAUGUUCAGGAAAAACCAAUUAUCAAACGGCCCAACUAUAUUGCCGAUGAGAAUACCGGAACAACUUAUUUGAAACCCAUAAAACGAAUCAAAACGGAGGGAGCGGUUAGUCGAACAUACGGAAAAUCAAGCCAAAAUAAUUCCACAUCAUUAACGGAUGCACAGGAAUCGGGAAGCUCAUCACCAAACAUCGAUUAUGGAUGCACUAACCAUGAUCGUUCAGAUGCACUAACCGUGAAUUUAAUUGAGAAAAUCAAUCACAUUGAAGAGCGUGAUGCAAAUAAAGUUGAUAAAUCACUUUACAUGAAAAUGAUGGCCGACCACGCAAAACAAAUUGAAGACCUUAAACAACUGCUGACGGAUAAGUUAAGUGAAAAAAGAGAUACUCAGAAUCAAGGUUAUUCAUCGGCCUCAUCUUCUACCGAUGCACGGCAAAUUCGCAUGGAAAAAGGGCCCGCAAUGACAAAGGUUCAAUUAUUUAAUGGAAUUCGCAAGUAUUUAAAUCCAACAAUGGUUGCAUUGCUUCGUAUGGAAAUGUUCGGCAGUUCGGAACGUGAAUAUCGAGCCGAUGAAAAGCAGCUGUCCAAAGAGCUGUAUAAUUUAAAUCAAAGUGUAUACGAUUUUAUGCGAGAUGAAUGGCGUUUCCGUUUACCACCAAAAGCUGACGUUGAAGAAUGGCUUAAAAGUCCAGAUGAAGAAGAAACAUGGGAUUUAUGCUAAUCAUACAAUGAUUUUUAGAUAGGAUAGAUGCGAAAGAUCUCCGCAAGAUCCAGAUCCAAGCGUGCGUAC